AGCUGCAGCUGCGGCCAAUAGGCAGGAGACUUCUUGUUUCCUGGUAGAGUGGGGUCCCGGCACCGCGGCUCUCUGGUUUUGUGUGGGUCCCGGGUGGAGGGCCCGGGUGCCGGGGCCCGAGGUGCCGCCUCACUAGCGGGAGAGGGAGCGGGAGCAGCGGCCCGGAGAGAGCUCUCAGGGCCUGUGUGGGGCAAGAGGAUGCUUUCCCAGCCCCGCCAUGGAGCUGCGCUGUGGGGGAUUGCUGUUCAGUUCUCGCUUUGAUUCAGGGAACCUAGCCCAUGUGGAAAAGGUGGAGACUGUGCCUAGUGAUGGGGAAAGCGUAGGAGGGGUGGCAACAGCCCCCACUAGUGGUUCUGCUUCUUCCCCUGACUACGAGUUCAACGUGUGGACCCGGCCAGACUGUGCUGAAACAGAAUAUGAGAACGGGAACAGGUCAUGGUUCUACUUCAGUGUCCGGGGAGGGACUCCAGGAAAGCUUAUCAAGAUCAACAUUAUGAACAUGAACAAGCAAAGCAAACUAUAUUCUCAGGGCAUGGCCCCCUUUGUGCGCACACUGCCUUCCCGGCCACGCUGGGAACGCAUUAGAGACCGGCCCACUUUUGAGAUGACAGAGACACAGUUUGUGCUCUCCUUUGUUCACCGUUUCGUAGAGGGCCGGGGAGCCACCACCUUCUUCGCCUUCUGCUACCCCUUCUCCUACAGUGACUGCCAGGAUUUGCUAAGCCAGCUAGACCAGCGCUUUCCAGAGAAUUACUCUACCCAUAGCAGUCCUCUGGAUAGCAUUUAUUACCACCGAGAGCUUCUCUGCUAUUCUCUGGAUGGACUUCGGGUAGAUCUACUAACAGUCACUUCCUGCCACGGGCUUCGAGAUGAUCGGGAGCCCCGUCUAGAGCAGCUAUUUCCUGAUCUCAGCACUCCCCGUCCAUUCCGUUUCACAGGCAAAAGGAUAUUCUUCUUAAGCAGUAGGGUACACCCUGGAGAGACUCCGUCUAGCUUUGUCUUCAAUGGCUUUCUGGACUUCAUCCUUCGACCUGAUGAUCCCCGGGCACAAACUCUUCGUCGACUCUUUGUUUUUAAGUUGAUUCCCAUGUUAAACCCUGAUGGUGUGGUCCGGGGCCACUACCGCACGGACUCCCGUGGAGUGAAUCUGAACCGUCAGUACUUGAAGCCUGAUGCCGUCCUGCACCCAGCCAUCUAUGGCGCCAAAGCUGUGUUGCUUUACCAUCAUGUGCACUCACGUCUCAACUCCAAAAAUUCCUCAAACCAGCAGCCCACUCUUCAUCUUCCUCCUGAAGCUCCUCUUUCUGACCUCGAGAAAGCCAAUAAUCUCCACAAUGAAGCUCACCUUGGGCAGUCACCUGAGGGGGAAAACCCUGAGACUUGGACUGAGACAGAGCCAGCAGAAGAGAAGACUGACCCAGUGUGGAUUAUGCCACAACCAGUUCCUGAACUUGAGGAACCAGCCCCUGACACCAUCCCCCCAAAAGAGAGUGGUGUUGCUUACUAUGUAGAUUUGCAUGGACAUGCUUCUAAAAGGGGCUGCUUCAUGUAUGGAAACAGCUUUAGCGAUGAGAGCACCCAGGUGGAAAACAUGCUGUAUCCAAAGCUCAUCUCCUUGAAUUCAGCCCACUUUGACUUCCAGGGAUGCAAUUUCUCAGAGAAGAACAUGUAUGCCCGAGACCGUAGAGAUGGCCAGUCCAAAGAGGGAAGCGGCCGUGUCGCAAUCUACAAAGCCUCAGGGAUAAUCCACAGCUACACACUUGAAUGCAACUACAACACUGGACGCUCAGUCAACAGCAUCCCUGCCGCCUGCCAUGACAACGGGCGUGCUAGCCCCCCUCCCCCUCCGGCUUUUCCCUCCAGAUACACUGUGGAACUAUUUGAGCAGGUGGGACGAGCUAUGGCCAUCGCAGCUCUGGAUAUGGCGGAAUGUAAUCCAUGGCCCCGAAUUGUGCUGUCAGAGCACAGCAGCCUCACGAACCUGCGAGCCUGGAUGCUGAAGCAUGUGCGCAACAGCAGAGGUCUGACCAGUGCUGUCAAUGUGGGUGCAAGCAAGAAGCGAGGCUCUCGGACCCCUCCCAAAAGUAACAAUGGAUUGCCUGCUUCCUGCUCUGAAAAUGCCUUGAGCCGGGCUCGAAGUUUUAGCACUGGCACCAGUACUGGUGGUAGUGGCAGCAGCCAACAAAAUUCUCCACAGAUGAAGAACUCUCCCAGCUUUCCUUUUCAUGGCAGUCGGCCUGCGGGGCUGCCAGGCCUGAGCUCUAGCACCCAAAAGGUCAGCCAUCGGGUGCUGGGCCCUGUCAGAGAGCCCCGAUGCCCAGACAGAAGGCGGCGGCAGCAGCCACUGAACCAUCGCCCUACCACAAGCAGCCUGGCCCCAUCCCCAACUCUGGCUAGUUCUGGCCCAACCUCCUCACGAAACAUGGGCUCCUGCCUCCUGCCCAAUUCACUCAGCUUAUCAGGGAGCAGCUGCCCAUUCUCGUCUUCAGGGGACAAGCCAGAGGCUGUCAUGGUGAUUGGGAAAAGUCUCCUAGGGGCUGGUGCUCGGAUCCCCUGCAUUAGAACUCGUUUGCAGACCUGCCAGAGGAGAGUUUCCGCCAGGAGGGGUCCCGGAUUCCCCAGGCUAGGCCCAGGUUGGGCCGGAGCUCACCGCCGACUCGCAGAGGGAUGAGAGGCUCAAGCCCCACAUCCCCCAGCCCCCAGACCAGAGAGAUCAGUGAGCUGGAGCCGGGACCCCACUCUGCUACACCAGGGCUGCCUCAGGCCGGCCCCCCACGGCCCCGCUCUGCCCCCGCCUUUUCUCCUAUCUCCUGUACUCUAUCUGACUCCCCAUCCCGGAUUUGUUACAGCAGGGGGCUCUUGAACCAAUGUGAGGUUUGUUGUGUCCCUAAAUCUCCACCACUCACUAUCUCUCCCAGGGUCUGAUAAUGCCUUUACCUCCGUGUCCAGGAUAGAGCCCUAAGUGAGGGAACACAGUGAAAUGAUACCUUAGUCCCGUCUUCCAGCUGCUGGUACCAUGUGACAACCAUAGCUCCUUGGAAUGUCGGCCACACUGUCCGAGGCCUUGCAGAACAUCACCUUGAGACAGAACAAAACAGGGACCUGCCAACCCCUUCCCUCCCUCCACAGCACAAGAUUUUGGGACCACAAAAAAUAUAUAUAUAUCUAUAUUUUUGUAUUGGGGGGAGGGAGUAGAAAAGAAAGCAGCCCCUAUUGGGCCCUAUUCAGUGGCAGCUUCUUGCUCCAUAGGGUUAAGGAAGACUUUGAGGAAAUAAAAGUUGUUUGGAAAAAUCCA